CUUUUUUUCUCUACAAUAGUAACUUUCUUUUUUUUUUCUCUCUGUUACUAUGGGGAUCAGUUUACCUUUCCGUUACAAUAGUCCAACGUUCCAAGUCUUUUUGGUCGGUUUUAUCUGUUUCUGUUGUCCUGGUAUGUAUAAUGCCUUGACUGGUAUGGGUGGUGGGGGCAAGUCAAGCACAGAAGCAGUGAACAAUGCAAAUACAGCAUUAUCUAUUACUUUUACUGUUUGUUCUUUACUUGGUGCUCCUGUUUAUAAUAUUUUUGGUCAUCGUGUAAUCAUUCCUGCUGCUCUUACUUAUGUUCUUUUUGUUGGUUCUUUCUUAAGUGAUAGUGAUGGUUUCACUAUUGCUGCUGGUGCUAUUCUUGGUAUUGGUGCUGGUUUCUUAUGGACUGCUCAAGCUGGUAUCAUGAUGUCUUAUCCUAAUGAAAAUGAAAAGGGUAAAGCUUUUUCUAUUUUCUGGAUGGUGUUUAAUUUAGGUGCUGCUAUUGGUGCUGCUAUUCCUUUAGCCAACAAUUGGAGUAACACGACAAGUAACGUCAAUAUUGGUACUUAUAUUGGUUUUAUGGUCUUGAUGACUUUUGGUGCAGCUUUAGCAUUGGGACUUUCACCUCCUAGUAAGGUGGUACGUAAUGAUGGUACUCAUGUAUCUUUACACAAAUUCUCCAAUUGGAAACGUGAAUCUUUGGAAGUGAUCAAAUUAUUCAUGAACUGGCGUAUGUUGAUAUUAAUCCCUCUGUUUGCUGGUUCCAAUUGGUUUUAUACUUAUCAAUUUCAAGUGUACAACGGUGGUGGUUACUUCAAUUUACGUGCUCGAGGUCUUAAUAAUAUGAUGUACUGGUUAUUCCAAAUCAUCGGUGCUGGCUUCUUUGGUUGGUUACUUGAUUUGAAAGGUUUGGGCACCCGACGACGACGUGCUCUUAUUGGUAACACCGUUGUCUUGAUUACCGCCAUUGCUCUUUGGAUCGGUUGUAUCUUUAUUCAAAAGAAUUUCACUUAUGAAUCUGCUCAAAGCACUCCUGAUUCUCAAAAGACAGAUGUAUAUAGUCCUGGUUAUGCUGGUAUGUUGAUAGAAUAUGCUCUAUUUGGUUUCAUGGAUUCUAUCUAUCAAGGAUUCGCCUAUUGGCUCAUGGGAACAAUGACAAACGAUACCGAACGUGCUGCUCGUUAUGGUGGUUUUUACAAGACGAUUCAAAAUGCCUUUGUCGCCAUCGCAGCUCAAGUCGAUGUUAUUCAUACUCCUUAUAUGACUCAACUUAUCGUUGUCUUCGUCCUCAAUGUGGUUGGUAUUUUGCUUGCCUAUGUUGUAUGCUUCACCGUACCUGAUGUUACCAUUGAAGAAAUCGAUAAUUUGCAAACUGGUGGAAAGGAAAUAACUGUGGGUGGUCAUAUCGAAACUGUGGAAGAUGGAAAAAGGGAAAUAAUUGGUGCUGGUGAAAAGUUUGAAACUGUGCAGUGAUGAUCCCCCUUUUUUUUUUGGGCAAGAUGAUUGGAAUUUGAUUCACUUGUAGAUGGAUAUUAAGGAUGUUAGGCUAGUUCCUCAUAUCUUUUUUUUUUUUUUUUUUAUCAUUAGUACUAUCUAUUCCUUCUCUUUUCCUUUCCUUUCCUUUUAUUUUAUCUUUAUUACUCUUUUAGUUUAUUAUUUCCCAUGCACUAUUCUUGUAUUCCUUCUUUUUUUUAUUAUUUCUAUAUUAUUUCUUUACUUCCUUUGACUCUGUUCUCCAUCUAGUUAGUUGUAUUCCCCUUUUUAUUUUAUUUUAUAUUGGUGCAAUCUUACUUUUUUAAUCUUGAAGUUUGAAAUAAAACAUUACAUGACAAAAAAAAAUAA